AUGGCCGUUCAAAAUCCUAACAACUGGCACUGGGUUGACAAGAAUUGCAUUGACUGGGCAGCUCAAUGGUGCAAGAGGAAGCUCGUGGGAACGUCUGCGGGCUCCUCCCCUAAAGUCAGCGUGGUGGCGCUGAAGAAACUCGAAGGUGAUGUGGAGGUCUGUCAGCGCAAGGGCAAGAUUUUCUCCAUAUACGACUUGAAGCUCGAGCUUUCUUUUGAAAGUGAUAACUCGGAAAAAUCGAAGGGCACGAUCAGUAUUCCUGAGCUUGCCUAUGAUACUGAACACCAUGACUUCCAGUUCGACAUCACCUUCGACAAGCCAACGGGCUCUAGCGAGGAGGAUUCCAUCCGGUCGUUGAUUCGCUCAAAACUUGUGGAGGAGCUCAGAAACAAGCUGUCGACGUUCACUAAUGACUUGAUCAGCGAGAAUGCCUCUGAUAUCCAAGUGGACAAAUCUCAGGUGAAUUCCACUUACACUGCUGCUAACCAAGAAAAGACAUUGACCAAAACAGUGGUGAAGGAAAGCACAACCUUUAACAAAGGAAACUCCGUGCAAAACGCAAAGACAACCACCGCAGUUUCACCUGCCGACUCGUCUCGUGUGCCAAAAUACAACACGUCCGACCUUAAUUUCUCCACCACUUUCAACACCUCGGCAGAGCAACUAUACCUCACUCUUUUGCUUCCAGAGAGAGUUGCAGCCUGGACUCGCUCUGCUCCACAAAUCGAGCCAAAGGAGGGCACUGAGUUUCAGCUCUUUGGCGGCAACAUCCAAGGCAAAAUUCUAGAAUUGCAAGAAAAUAAGAAUAUCAAGAUGCUUUGGAGACUACGGGACUGGAAGGAAGGCCACUACACAGAAUUGGAAUUGACCUUCAACGAGGGAGCUGGCGAGACAGAGAUGGCUGUCAGCUUCAAAGGUGUGCCUAUUGGGGAUGAGGAGUUGGUGCGCAACAACUUUGAGAAUUAUUACAUCACCUCGAUAAAAGUCACCUUUGGUUUUGGUGCAGUUCUUUGAUAAAGAAAAUCGGAAUAUAUUAUAUUCACCAUAAAGAAAUUCAGGCAGCUGAGUAUCUCUUGGAAGCCUCAUCCCAGUUAAUAACGUUCCAGAUAGCUUUGAAGUAGUCUGCCUUGACGUUCUUGUAUUGCAGGUAGUAAGCAUGCUCCCAGGCGUCGAUGGCAACCAAUGGCUUGUAUGGACCAGCUGCAGUAUCCUGGUUGUAGGUCUGGAUAACCUCCACGGCACCAUUCUCGCUGUUCUUGACGAUGAAUGCCCAUCCGGAACCCUGGAUUCCGGCCAACUUGGUGUUGGUCAGAGCAAUCAAUUUGUCAAAAGAGCCGUAUUGCUCGAUGACCUUCUUGUAGAAUUCAGAGUCAGGUGAUGGCAAUUCACCUCCACCCUGCUUAGCUGGAGCAAGGUUGUCCCAGAAAAGACAGUGGUUCAGGUAUCCUCCACCAUGGAACUUGAUGUGCUGUUGCAACUCGUAGGUUUUCUUGACAUCACCCGCAGCCUUGGCCUCGGCAUGCUGCUCAAUGGCAGUGUUGUAACCAUUGACGUAGGUCUGGUGGUGCUUACUGUAGUGCAACUCAUUGAUCUGGCCAGAAAUGUAUGGCUCCAAUGCUCCAAAGUCCCAUUUCAAUUCUGGCAGGCUGACCUUGGUUCUGAGGCCACCGAUGGACAUUUUAGCAAUGCCGGAGUUCCUGGAAACAGUCAAUGCGGAUCUCACUGGGAUUCUGGCGAACGACAUGGUGCUAGUUUGGAUCAAUUGUAUUGUUUAGUAGACUUUGC